UUUUCCUCAUCUGUUCGCAGCAGCCAUGAGCGCCGAGCCUCGCGACCGCCAGAAGACUCUGGCUUUGCGGACGCAGCUCAUCGGAUCUUCCUGCAAGCUUUUUUUCCCAGAAGACCCAGUGAAAAUUAUCCGAGCAAAGGGCCAGUAUAUGUAUGAUGAACAUGGAAAUGAGUACCUUGACUGUAUCGGUAAUGUUGCACAUGUGGGACACUGCCACCCUGAAGUGGUCAGAGCAGCUCAUCAACAAAAUCUCAUGUUAAAUACGAAUACUCGGUAUCUGCACGACAAUUUGGUGGAUUAUGCACAAAGACUUUCUAAAACACUGCCUGAGAAGUUAUGUAUUUUCUAUUUUGUGAAUUCAGGAUCAGAAGCCAAUGAUCUUGCCCUGAGAUUGGCACGGCAGUAUACGAAGCAUGAAGACAUUAUUGUUCUUGAUGAUGCUUAUCAUGGACAUCUGACAUCCUUGAUCGACAUAAGUCCCUAUAAAUUCAGAAAUCUAGAAGGCCAAAAGGAAUGGGUCCAUGUGGCCCCACUUCCUGACACAUACCGAGGGCUAUAUAGAGAAGACCAUAAGGAUCCAGGCACAGCAUAUGCCAAUGAAGUAAAAAAAAUAAUUGACCAAGCACAGCAAAAAAGCAGGAAGUUUGCUGCAUUUUUUAUGGAAUCUUUACCAAGCGUUGCUGGACAAAUCAUUCCACCACCUGGUUAUUUUCAGAAGGCAGCAGAGCACAUACGCAAUGCAGGAGGAGUAUUCGUUGCUGAUGAAAUUCAAGUUGGCUUUGGCAGAGUUGGCAAGUGUUUUUGGGCAUUUCAGCUUCUAGGAGAUGAUUUUGUUCCUGAUAUUGUUACUAUGGGAAAGCCAAUUGGCAAUGGGCAUCCUGUCUCUUGUGUGGCCACCACAAAGGAAAUUGCAGAGGCAUUUUCAGCAACAGGAGUAGAAUAUUUUAACACCUUUGGAGGAAAUCCUGUGUCCUGUGCAAUAGGAUUAACCGUCUUGGAUAUUAUUGAGAAAGAACAGCUUCAAAUCCAUGCCUUUCAAGUGGGCAGCUUCCUCAUGGAACUACUCAAUCAGCAAAAAAUGAGGCAUCCUCUAAUUGGUGAUGUCAGGGGAGUAGGAUUGUUCAUUGGUGUAGAUUUGGUACAAGAUCAAGAGAAGAGAUCACCUGCUACUAAAGAAGCAGAAUUCAUCAUAACAAGAUUAAAGCAAGAAUUUAUAAUAUUGAGUACAGACGGUCCAGGCAGAAAUGUGCUCAAGUUCAAGCCACCACUAUGUUUCAGUGCAAAAGAUGCAGAGCUUGUUGUGGACAAACUUGAUAAGAUUUUAACAGGUAAGAAAGUAAGGAGUAUGAUUAGGGUUGACUGAUCUGCCUCACUGAAGCUCACAAGUAGCAUGAGUAGCUCUGCAUUGAUAGUUAGUCCCAUUUAAGAAAGGAAUCAAGUUACCUUAACUCUGAGGGAAGGUCCCAAGACUUAAUUGUCCCAAGUGCUACUUCAAGCAUGCUAUUGCUGAAGUGCAAGUUCUCUCAUCUCUCUCCCUCAAAAAGGGAAAAGUUGACAUAGGGAGAUGAUAUGAAAUCCCCUCCUGCCAGACAUACAUAAAACUUUUUUUUGGUGGUGGGGGGAGAAGUACACAGUUUUCACACAUACUAAAUAGUUUUCUCCACCCACCCUGAUAUAAAAGCUGAAGGCUAUUCUUUCCUCAUUUCAGUUGCUACUGAUAGGGUACAUUUCCCCUCACAAUUAAUUAGAUUUAUUCCCAAGGAAAACAAUUACUGACAACAGCAGUGUAAGACUGGACACUAGCAAGGGACAGGGACUUAUUAUUCUAAGCCUGGUUCAACAGCAAGGUCUAAGUCAGGUACGGGAUCUAAGUGAGGUACUAAUAUUAGCCAAGCUUAGUAUAACAGAACAGGAUGUACUCAAAAGGUGCUUUUUGUGGAGUCAGCAGGCGAGGACUUGACAUGGCAGAAAUGGGGGGAGGGCAUGCCUUCAAAAGUAGAAAUAGAACUUUUACUGGUGAUUGUAUUGAUUGCCUCUUGCAAUGAGCAGAUGAAGAACUAUAAUCUAAUUAAUACUAUUGAAUAUUCUGCAGAGCUGGAGAAAGGAAAUGUCUAGACAAGUUCACUUCAAAGGAUAAGCAUUCAGGUAAAGUGACAAAACAGAAUCUAUUGAUUGCACCAAUAGCUGCAAUGUAUCUCAACACCACAAUCCACCACAGCAUGCUAUUACAAAGUAUUACACAAACUAUAAUUCACUGGCUUUAAAAUGUAGAUAUUUAAUUAUUUCAUUCCAUCUCUUACAGGUUAUGGACAUGGUGCUGAAUUCUAGCAUGUUUCUAAUAUAUUUCACUUUAACUACAAUGGUAAAAUUAUUUUCCAGACUAAAAUUAUCAACUAUUGUAUUUUUGUUGCAAUCCUGAUACAGAAAUUCAGAGCUCUGUUCUAUAGCUGUUACGGCCUAAUGCAACUUUUUAAAUGUGUGUUAUGGUAAAACACAACUCAUUUAUCCAGAAAACAUAACUUGCCAUAGUUACAAACAAAAAGUCAUUGAUAUUCUCGUUUCUGCCUGUAUUAUAAAAGUAGCACCUUCCAAUCACGUUUUCUUCCUAAAAAUGAUGUCAUUGACAGUUUAACAAAAUGUGUGCCUCAUCAUCUCAGCAUCGGAAUUAUUUAGUUCUCAAAGCCCUUCAGUAAAUUUUAUUGUUGUACCUCAUACCCAUUUCAUUUCCCCAAAUAAAAAAAAAACUUUCACUGAUGUUAACAAGAGAUUUUAUAUGAAAAGCAUGUGGCUGCCAUCAAUUCCAGAUGUUAUUUUUUUCAUUCAGGAUCAAAUGGAGAUAACUGAGAUUUACAUUUAAGCAUCUGGUAGGCUUGGCUAUGCUGGUACUUAUCAAACAUGUAAUGGCAGUUUACUAAAAAAAAAAAAAGUUUACGCUUAGAGUAAGUGCAACUACUACCCCUCAGAGCAGCUACAUCUGCACCACUACAUUUCUGCAGUUUAAAUUACUUGAUCUUCUUCAGGUAAUUUUGCUUUUUCUCCAAGCCAGCAGUGACAAGCGUAUCUUCAGACAGGUGUCUCCUAGUGUUACUUAAGCAUUCCUUUCCUACUGUAAAUGUCAUGUUGAGUUAUGACUGACUUUCUGUAAAGUCAUUUUACAGAAUCAGGUAAAGUGCCCUGUUUUGUAUAGCUCCAAUAUAUUCUGUCCACAACAGUGCACACAAUAUAGCCAUGGGGUGAGAGGUUGACAGUUGCAGAGCAUUCUUCAGGUGGUUGGGUGUGUGUAAAAUGCUUUCAUUCCUAUUGCACAACUAUUGUUUACACCAUUGGUGUUUAACUUGAGGCAGGUAAGAUCAGGGCAGUGAAUCAUAGUAUAUUGUAGUAGAUGGUUCCUUUUAUGCACGGGUGUUUGCAACACUCUUUAAUUUCUCACCACAGUUUGGAAAUGAGUGGGCAGUACAGUUCACUUGUCAAAGAAAAACUGUAUUGUGGUCUUAAUUUACAAGUCUUGUUAUUGCAACUGCUCACACGCUUUGACAAACCAUGGAAUUUAUGAAAAUGGUAAAAAUGUUAAACUCUCUCUACUCACUUGGGACUUGAUUUUAUAGUCAAUUUGAAUUUAGGUCUCUUCGGAACUAUUCCUAAACAACUAAAGCAAAAUCAUCUUAUAGUUCAAAACACUGCCAUGUAUAUUGCAUCCAGCUUCACCAAGGAAAAGUUACUGGCAGCUUCCCUCUAAGGAAUUCAAAAUUUAAAGGUGCAGAGCACAAAACCUACUUCACACACUCCAAAAUUUGGCGGACAUAAACCCCUUGAAAAGGACUACUAUGUCUGCAAAUCCCUAUGAUGAUCAGUGAAAAUGCCUGUUUUCUGAAACAUCAAAUUUUUGUUUGAGUUAAAUCUUGUGGUUCAUGCAUACCUCUAUUUUGGUUAAGGGUGGGAAAAAUUUGCACCUCCAGAGGAAAUGUACAACCCCCAAUGCUUAUUCCUGUUUCUUAAAGAUGUUUACAAGGCAGGGUACCAUACAGUGUUCAGUCCCAUGUUAGUUAUACAUUUAUUGGCAUUCAGUACUGCAGAUUUUAAAUACUACAAGUCUUGAAGCAUAGUACUGACUAUUAUAAAAUCCCCCUCUGUUUGAAGUGGGGCUCACAAGUUAUCUACUUUUUCCUGAAAAAAAAAGUUAGUAGCAUAACUACAAAUCAGAAUGGUUAGCUCAGAGGAAGCAGUAAGAUAGUUUGAAAGAACUUGGAACAAAAGAAAUACUGAAAAACAAACUUUUUAGGCAGCUUUAAUAUUACUUUAAGCAUUUAAUGCUAAAAAGACUAAGUUCUAAACAAUAGUUAAUAAAAUGCGUAAGAGCACAAAGCCAAUCAGGUUGACAAAGUGUGGUCAGUGAAUUACUGAUUUAAGCCUGAGGGUGACUUCAGACAUAAUGCAUGUACUACAUAGUCUGGGAGUUUUGUAUAUAUAUGGUACUAAGCAUGUUUCCGGAUUCCUCAUUGCAGUUAAACUGAACUCACAUAUACAAAAAAGUGACUUUAAUGUGGUAAACAUGUCUAACAUUGCCUUGUGUGUAAAUACAGCCUUGAGCCCUACACUAGUUUAAGUGUCCAAGUAUUUUACAAGCAGUCUCCUCUAGAUUCCUGUGACCCUAAUUCCUAUACAAGCCAAUCAGAUGCAAUUAUCAGAGAAGUCCAUGCAUUUGCCAGAAAGCCUCAAUGCCUGUUCUGCUUACCAGUUUUUUCUUAGCUUUGCAAAACAAACUAAGUUUCAACCUUUAACGGUUUAACCAAUCUCUGCUGGUCAGUCAUCAAUGUGAAGGUUAGAGCAUGCUCCAAAUCUAACCUCUGAAAUUUAUGUACCAGCCACUAACAUUUCUACUAAAAUUUUAAGACUUCUUUCCCCUGAGCUUUAACAGGAUGGCUGGAAUAAUGGCACAGGAUGCUGGAUUAUGCUUUUUUAUUCAAAAGCUAGAAUAGCAUCAAUAUCCAUGUCAUGGUGAAUCAGAACACAUGUAAAAUACCUUACAAUACAUUAGAUUCCAAAAAGGUACCAAAAAGUACAGUAAAAUUAACACUUCCAUUACAGGAAAUGUAUGACACAAAACCAAUACAAAAUAAAAAG